AUGCCGGGGACUCUUCCCAGGUUUCCCAGCAUGCCGCGGGGGGUGACCAUGCCCACCUUGCUGAACGUGUCGAUGCCCAGAGGUGUCAGCUCCCCCAGUUUACCCAGAGGCAUCACCAUGCCCAGUCUACCCAGUCUACCCAGUUUUCCCAGUUUACCCCGAGGCGUGACUAUACCCAGCCUGCCCAGGGGGAUGUCGCUGCCGAGGGCCGUCGCCAUGCCGACCGUAUCCCAGGCACCUCGGAGGCUGCUGCAGGACUGCUGCGCCGUGUUGGACCAUCAGACACCCGGAGGUCUGUGCGGAUGCUGCUGGGCGCUGCGUCCUCGCUACAAGCGACUGGUCGACAAUAUUUUCCCAGAAGACCCGGAGGACGGGCUGGUGAAAGCCAACAUGGAGAAGCUGACGUUCUUCGCUCUGUCGGCUCCGGAGAAACUCGACCGCAUCGCUGCGUACCUGUCAGAGCGCCUGACCAGAGAGCUGAACCGCCACCGCUACGGGUAUGUGUGUAUAGCGAUGGAGGCGUUGGAGCAGCUGCUGCUGGCCUGUCACUGUCAGAGCAUCAACCUGCUGGUGGAGAGUUUCCUCAGCACGCUGCGUCUGCUGCUGGAGACCGACAAACCACACCUCCACAUCCUCGCCACCAACUCUUUUGUGAAGUUUGCAAACAUCGAAGAGGACACGCCGUCGUAUCACCGCAGCUACGACUUCUUCGUGUCUCGCUUCAGUGAGAUGUGUCACUCUGACCACGAAGACCCCGACGUCCAAAUCAAGAUCCGUGUGUCGGGGAUCCGUGGUCUGCAGGGCGUGGUCAGGAAGACGGUGGACGACGAGCUGCAGGUGAAUAUUUGGGAGCCCCGUCACAUGGAGCAGAUAGUCCCCGCCCUAUUGGUCAACCUGCAGCAGCACACAGACGUCAACAGUGAGUCUCCAGCAGAGCAGACGGAGGUGUGUUUCAGGGAGCUGUUGGGUCGAGCUGCUUAUGGACACAUUAACAACGCUAUCAAACCUGUGCUGAUGCACCUGGACAGUCACAGUCUUUGGGAAGGACGAAGCUUUGCUGUUCAGUGUUUUCAGAUCAUCAUGUACUCAAUCCAGUCCCAACACUCCCACCUGGUGAUCCAGCAGCUGUUGGGUCACCUGGACGCCAACAGCAGGAGUCCAGCUUCAGUCAGAGCCGGGAUCGUAGAGGUCCUGUCUGAAGCUGCUGUUAUAGAAGCUACUGGAUCUGUGGGUCCCACAGUGCUGGAAGUGUUCAACACGUUACUGCGACAGCUCAGGCAGAGCGUCGACUACCAGCUGACUGGUUACUAUGACAACGCUGGAAAACACAGAACGACCUCGACUCAUGAGAAAACGCUCCAGGACGCCGUCAUUAAAACUAUCGGGUCCUUCGCCAACACGCUUCCUGUCUACCAGAGGUCAGAGGUCAUGCUGUUCAUCAUGGGGAAGAUUCCUGUUCCUGGCAUCUACCCCGCCCUGGGGUCACCCAACGCCGGGUUUGAAGGCAGCAGAAUGAUCCAGGUGAUGUUGUUAAAGUCUCUCCUCCAGGUAUCUGAGCGUUAUGAAAGCAGUAACCUGUUGACGGCGCUGCCCUCGUCCUUCUUGGAGCCCCUGCUCUCCUUCACUCUGAUGGAGGAUCCAGAGAUCCGUCUGCUGGUUCUCUCCAUCCUCACCUCGCUCAUCGACCGACGCCACAACGCCACCAGGCUCAGCGCCGUCAGUGUUGUGUUUGAUGUCUCACUGUUGGAGCUGAAGGAGGACAGAUGCUCCAGACAGGACAGCUUGUUCAUGAGGAAGCACGCUCAGCGUCUCUACAGACACGUCUACCUGGCCUGUAAGGAGGAGAGCAGUGGGCGGAGCCACUACCAGGCCCUCUUCACCCUAUUGGCCAUCCUCAGUGUGGAACUGGCCAAUGAGGAGGUGGUGGUGGACCUGAUUCGAUUGGUCCUCGCUCUGCAGGAGCUGGCGUUGUCCAAUCACGAGUGUCUGUCUGUGGUGAACCGCUGUGGUAUUCACGCCGUCUGCGCCGCCUUCCUCAACCUGCUGUCCCAACUUGGCCCGCCUCCACCGCUCCACCUGCACAUCACCCAGGUGAUAGAGAGUCGACAGGUGGACGCUCCUCACCUGCUGCCUGAAGACGUCUUCAGUGAGACAUCGAGACUGCCAGAAGGUGAGCUGAAGGUGGACGAAGCCUUUCUGUUCAUCCAAUCAAAGAUCUGCGAGGCUCUGACAGGAAGCAGCUACAGCGCACAUGCCGAACGCCUCAACACACCGUACAUACCUCAGCUCACAGAUGAGGAUCGUCUGUCUAAGAGGAAGAGUAUCGGAGACGUCGUCUCUCUGCAGAUGGACAUGGACCCUCAGUUCAGUCCUGAUACACAGCAGAAACCUGAAACAGAGCAGAUCACCUUCGAGACGCUGAAGAACGCUAUCGAGGACAGAGGGAGUGUGGAGGAAGAGGAGAGGAGGAGGAGGAUGCAGGUGGUGGAGAGGUUCCAGACGGCUCCCUUCGAGGAAAUCGCUGCUCACUGUGGAGCGAGGACCUCUUUGCUUCAGUCUAAACUCGAUCAGGUCUUUGAUUUGAUCAUACGUCCUCCUCCGUCUCCGUCUGGACAGUCGCCGCCUCGCUCAACGCCGAUUUACGAGAUGAAGUUCCCCGACCUGUGUGUCUAUUAGACACGACCGCAUAGCUCAGCUGUUUCCUUGUUUAGUGUGAUGUGUACUCACUGUUGGCAGGAAAAGAGGAGACAGGAAAGGACAGGAAAGGUUAGUUUAGCUGAAAAUAUGUUUGGGUUUUUUUUUUGCUCAUUUUAUGUCAGAAAAUGUUUUGAUUGAUUGAUUCAGUGAUCGGUUUCUGAUUCCUGUUCACCGUGCUUGUCCUUCUCUUGUGUUUUAUGUUUUUUAAACGUCUGUGAGAGAUUCGUCACUGUGCUCCUUCAGUUUCAUCACCACCGGAGGUAAAUCUGUACACAAAAGCUGUAUAUUUGGAAGAAGAAUGCAUUAAUAAAGUAUUUAACUUGUGUUAUGUGAUUGAUUC